UUAUUUAAGCACGAUUUGAUUCUCAUUAUAUUGUUCAUUCAUCGUCAUUCCUUCUUUUAAUUCGUUCUCCAUUAUUUACACACAAUGAAGAGUUAUUUAGCCAUUGCUCUUGUAAUAACCGCCAUUUAUGGUGCAUCAGGUAGAGCCACUGAACAGUGUCAAAGGGAUAAGAAGUUUGAUAUCGCUCUUUUAUCCGUUCAAUGGGCUCCUGGUGUUUGUACCAAACCAGAUAAUGACAACAAAUUCAAACCAUGUAAAGUCAAAUAUGAAGAUGAAUUCACUAUUCAUGGAAUGUGGCCAAAUUAUUUCGACAACUCUUAUCCUUCAAAUUGCUGUUUUGAACAAUACUUGAACAAAGGAAAUCUUGACUCCAUCACAAGCCAAUUGAAGAAAUAUUGGAAAUCUUUGUAUGAUAAUGAUUCUUGGGGCUUCUGGAUCCAUGAGUGGAAGAAACACGGAACCUGUGCUAAGUUUUCAGCAUUGAAAGGACAAUUCAAUUACUUCAACACAACUUUGAAUUUGUUCAAACAAAUGCCCAUUGGUGAUUGGUUAGCAACUGCUGGAAUCAAACCAAGUAACACAGGAGUUGCUCUUGAAUCUGUCCGUGAAGCAAUCAGAAAGGGUUUCAAGGGUCGACCACAAUUGGCUUGUAGUGGUUCAACUUCUGGUCUUCCUAUUUUGACCGAGAUCAGAUUCUGUUUCGAUCCAGAAACACUUGGCCCUCUUGAUUGUCCUGCAGAAACUAACAGCUGCAGAUCAAAAACUGGAAAAGUUAUCAUCGUCCCAGCUUGAUCCUGAAGCGAUAAGAAAUUACAAUAAUGUAUCGAUAGUGGUAAAACAAGGAAUGCUUUUGUUUUCCCGAACAUUGUAACUAUUGUUGUUGUUGUAGCAAUUAUUGUUCCUAAAUAAACCUCAGUAAAUGAAUAUCAUAUGA